AUGCCGUCCCGUCGUCCUCGCACACCGUCGCGAUCGUCGUCGCCCUUCCGUGGCUCCUCCCGUUGCCUUCCCGUCGCCCAUCCCGUCGCCCAUCCCGUCGCCCAUCCCGUCGCCCAUCCCAUCGCGCAUCCCGUCGCCCAUCCCGUCCCUCCCCUCGUCGCCCUCUCCAACCGUCGGAAACUCCCUCCCGUCGCCCUUCCUCUCUCCCAUCCCGUCGCUCCCCUCGUCGCCCUCGCCAACCGUCGGAAACUCCCUCCCGUCGCCCUUCCUCUCUCCCAUCCCGUCGCUCCCCUCGUCGCCCUCUCACACGCCCCGAAACUUCCUCCCGUCGCCCUUCCUCUCUCCCAUCCCGUCCCUCCCCUCGUCGCCCUCGCCAACCGUCGGAAACUCCCUCCCGUCGCCCUUCCUCUCUCCCAUCCCGUCGCUCCCCUCGUCGCCCUCUCACACGCCCCGAAACUUCCUCCCGUCGCCCUUCCUCUCUCCCAUCCCGUCGCUCCCCUCGUCGCCCUCGCCAACCGUCGGAAACUCCCUCCCGUCGCCCUUCCUCUCUCCCAUCCCGUCGCUCCCCUCGUCGCCCUCUCACACGCCCCGAAACUUCCUCCCGUCGCCCUUCCUCUCUCCCAUCCCGUCCCUCCCCUCGUCGCCCUCGCCAACGCCCCAAAACUCCCUCCCGUCGCCCUUCCUCUCUUCCAUCCCGUCGCUCCCCGCGUCGCCCUCGCACACGCCCCGAAACUCCCCACCGUCGCCCUUCCUCUCUCCUAUCCCAUCACUCCCUGCCGUCGCCUUUACAUCUCUCCCCUCCCAUCUCCCGCAUCGCGGAUGAAUUGGACGGUGCUCGCUGUUGGGAAGAAUGAGAGUGGGAUGUCGCAAACUUGCAACAUUCUUGUGUGCAAAUCCAAGUGA